AGCUCCAUUCCAUCAGCUUCUUCAGCGGCGAGUCCCAAACUUCUUAUUGAGACGACGAAUGAGCAGGUCUGUUCACGAGUGAUCUACUUCCGCUCCGCCGAUCACCAACUGAAGGUCUCGGCGCCGCCGCCUUCGGAGCUGAAGCAUGGAUGAUGACGGGCUGCGAAAGCCUCUGCUUGGACCCGAGAGUCUCUGCACUGAAGACAUUGAUCUGGGGAACCUGCCACUGGAAGAAGUCUUUGAGCAGCUGAGCACGUCUCGAUGUGGUCUCUCCUCGGCGGAUGCCGCGGAGCGGCUGCAGCUGUUCGGCGCAAACCGACUGGAGGAGAAGCGCGAGAACAAGGUUCUCAAGUUCAUCAGCUUCAUGUGGAACCCUCUGUCCUGGGUGAUGGAGGCAGCAGCCAUCAUGGCAUUGGUCCUGGCCAAUGGGGGUAGUCAGGGUCCUGACUGGGAGGACUUUGUGGGAAUCGUCUGCCUUCUGAUCAUCAACUCGACGAUCAGCUUCAUCGAGGAGAACAAUGCCGGCAAUGCCGCGGCUUCGCUCAUGGCUCGCUUGGCGCCUAGAACAAAGGUUCUUAGAGAUGGGCAAUGGCAAGAGCUGGAUGCCUCUGUUUUGGUGCCCGGGGACAUCAUCAGCAUUAGGCUCGGUGACAUUGUCCCUGCGGAUGCGCGGCUGCUCGAGGGGGAUCCUCUCAAAAUUGAUCAGUCAGCUCUCACUGGAGAAUCACUUCCUGUGACCAAAAGGACCGGCGACCUAGUGUUCACUGGUUCAACAUGCAAGCAUGGCGAGAUCGAAGCCGUCGUCAUCGCGACCGGGAUCCGCUCAUUCUUCGGGAAGGCGGCUCAUUUGGUGGACUCCACAAAGGUUGUUGGCCAUUUCCAGAAGGUUCUUACCUGCAUAGGCAAUUUCUGUAUCUGCUCAAUUGUGGUGGGGGUUUUCAUUGAGGUUAUCAUCAUGUUCGCGGUCCAGCACCGACCGUACCGGGAGGGGAUCAACAAUGUUCUUGUUCUUCUGAUCGGAGGGAUACCGAUCGCGAUGCCGACGGUUUUGUCUGUCACACUCGCAAUAGGUUCCCAUCGCCUAUCUCAACAGGGUGCCAUCACCAAAAGGAUGACAGCCAUUGAGGAAAUGGCAGGCAUGGAUGUUCUCUGCUGCGACAAAACCGGAACUCUCACUCUCAACCAUCUUACCGUCGACAAAAACCUAAUCGAGGUUUUCAGUGGAGGAAUGGACAGGGACAUGAUCAUUCUGUUGGCUGCAAGGGCAUCAAGGGUGGAUAACCAAGAUGCAAUCGACAUGGCCAUCAUAAAUAUGCUUUCUGAUCCCAAAGAGGCACGCGCAAACAUCGCCGAAGUUCACUUUCUCCCGUUCAAUCCGGUCGACAAGAGAACGGCCAUAACAUACAUUGAUUCCGGUGGCAAUUGGUUCCGGGUCAGCAAAGGUGCUCCUGAGCAGAUCCUCAACCUGUGCCACAACAAGGAUGACAUCGCCGAGAAGGCGCAGCGGGUCGUCGACAGCUUCGCCGAGAGGGGCCUCCGUUCACUAGCAGUUGCUUACCAGGAGGUCCCGGAGAGAUCGAGGCACGGCGAUGGCGGGCCGUGGGUGUUCUGCGGCGUGCUGCCGCUGUUCGACCCGCCGCGGCACGACAGCGCCGACACCAUCCGCAAGGCGCUGGACCUCGGCGUGUGCGUGAAGAUGAUCACCGGCGACCACCUGGCGAUCGCCAAGGAGACCGGCCGGCGGCUCGGGACGGGGACCAACAUGCACCCGUCGGCGGCUCUGUUCGGCCGGCGCGACGGCGACGGCGAUGGGGCGGCGGCGGUGCCGGUGGAGGAGCUGGUGGAGAGCGCGGACGGGUUCGCGGGCGUGUUCCCGGAGCACAAGCACGAGAUCGUGCGGCUCCUGCAGGCGAGCGGGCACGUGUGCGGGAUGACGGGCGACGGCGUGAACGACGCGCCGGCGCUGAAGAAGGCGGACAUCGGCAUCGCGGUGUCGGACGCGACGGACGCCGCCAGGGCCGCCGCCGACAUCGUGCUCACGGAGCCCGGCCUCGGCGUCAUCGUCUGCGCCGUCCUCACCAGCCGCGCCAUCUUCCAGCGCAUGAAGAACUACACGAUCUACGCCGUGUGCAUCACCAUACGGAUAGUGGUUGGGUUUGUUCUUCUGGCGUCCAUAUGGGAGUACGACUUCCCGCCAUUCAUGGUGCUCGUCAUAGCCAUACUGAACGACGGGACGAUCAUGGCGAUAUCCAAGGACCGGGUGAAGCCGUCGCGGAGGCCGGACAGCUGGAAGCUGGAGGAGAUAUUCGCCACCGGGGUCGUCAUCGGCACCUACCUCGCGCUGCUCACGGUGCUCUUCUACUGGGCGGUCACCGGAACCACCUUCUUCGAGUCCCACUUCGGGGUGCGGUCGCUGAAGCUGGACGCGGAGGAGCUCUCGUCGGCGGUGUACCUGCAGGUGAGCAUCACCAGCCAGGCCCUGAUAUUCGUGACGCGCAGCCGGGGCAUAUCCUUCCUCGACCGGCCGGGGGCGCUGCUCGUCUGCGCCUUCGUCGUCGCGCAGCUGGUGGCCACCCUGGUGGCCGUGUACGCGGCCGUCGGCUUCGCGUCGAUCAGCGGCGUCGGGUGGCGGUGGGCCGGCGUGAUAUGGCUCUACAGCCUGGUGUCCUACCUCCCGCUGGACCUCAUCAAGGUGGCCGUCCGCUACGCCCUCAGCGGCGACGCCUGGGGCCUGCUCUUCGACAGGAAGGCUGCAUUUGCAAGGAGGAGGGACUACUACGGCGAGGAGGAUCAUCGGAGGGGGGCGGCGCUGUCGACGCGGCGGGCGCUCUCUGAUCAUCUCCUCAGCAGCCGGACGCCGCGCUCUGCCGUCGCGGAGCAGGCGAGGCGGCGCGCCGAGAUCGCCAGCAGGCUGGGAGAAACACACGCACUGAGGGCGCACGUCGAGUCUGCCAUGAAGCUCGAGCCCGUCCGGUCGUCGUCCCACUCCGUUUGAUGAUCUGCUUCAGGGUGGUCUGUUGAAGCUUACUCUACUGCUGAAGCUUUGUUGCUUCCACUCAUGUUUUUGCCUGAAUGCAUCCAUACUGUAGUACUCAAAAAUAAGGGAUGGUGCAUGAUUUGCUUCCUAGAACAGGUUCAGUAAUACCCAAUGAUCUUGUAGAAUAUGCUCAGUAACACCCUAUGAUCUGAUGCAACUUAUGUU